GAUACCUGAAUGAAUUUUCUCUCUAAAGUUAACUUAAUCUCUGUUAAUCGAAAAAGUUUAUUUAAAAUUUAAGCUUUAUGGUACGUUUAAUAUUGAAUGGCCUGAGCGUAAUAAAAAAUUAAUAAAACAAUUAUUAAUUUAUAUAGUAAUUCAAUUUACCAUAUGCAAAACAAAUAUAAAAUUUAAGAUAUAAACAAUUAUUAAAACAAGUUAGUAGAUUAUAAACUAGUCAGUUUCAUACUAAGACUUAAAAUGAUGUUCAUCAAAUUGUUUAAAUUUUAUUAUUUUGUAUUUAGUAUUUUUAUUACAUUAAAAAUAUCUUUUGGAGAAUCACUUGACAGUAUCGGACAUGAUAGUCAAUCUUCUUCAGUUUCAAUAGCUGCCUUUGAUACUAAAAAUACAUUAAAAGUUGUUGGAAAAAAUCAUACGAACGUUAAAGGUUCAGUUUUUGAUGAUUUAAAUGAAACUAACGGAACACGGAGUGGAAAUGACAAUUUAGUAUCAAACAAGAAUUCCGUAAUUGGUUCGACAAUAUCUCAUCAUAGAUCCGUGUUUUUUGAGCAUGGGAAUAAUACUCUUGUGAAUUGUAAAAAUAAUUUAGAUGUCCAGGGAGCGGAAAAAUUUUUUCCCUCGGGUACAAUAACUCUUGGACCAGAGAAGACUUUCAAGGACAUUGUUAAUUGUCCGAACAAGUCAGGAGUUAUUGGAGAUGAAAAAGUGGAUUCAAUGUUAGGGAAUAAUAAAAAAAUUAAAGUGGUUGUGAAUAUGACGAGUACUCACCAAUCGAUUGAUACAACCUGGAAAAAACGCCUGGUUGAUCCGUCUACGGUAUCGAGUCUGUUGGUAGCGCCUAGUGCUCAGGGUCAAUCGAUAGAUGUGAUAAAUUCAAUGAUCAAUUCUUCAGUUUCCAAUAAUCAUUUUCAAACAGGAGCAAUGGCUGAAAAAAUUAAUGAUGGUCGUGUUGAUGAUUAUAACAACAAUAACAAUAAUAAUGAAGUUGGUAGUGAUGAUGAUAAUAAUGGUAGUAAAACAUCAAAGCGUCGUUUUAAACGGGGAAAAUGCGGCUGUAAAAAAUGGAAAAGUGCUGAAUAUAAAAGUAGUGUUGUUGAUAUAAAAAAGCCAUUGGGUGGAAGGAGAUCAGCUAAUUUAGAUGUUAAUCUUAAUAAGAAUUUCAAUUCUGUACGAAAUCAUGAAAACUAUUUGUCUUCUUUAGUCACGAGUUCAAAAUCUGUUUUUACAACAAUUGAAACUACUUCAACAAUAACUACUACAACAACACCAUUAAUAUCAACGUUAACAAAAUUGAUAACAGAGAUGAAUGCAACAAUUGCGAUAAAAAAGAUUCCACUUCUAAAGAUUAAUUCAAAAAGAAAAAAAUGUCCAAGAAAACGUGGUUUUAAAAGAAAACUAUCUUAUAGAAAUAAAAAGGAUCAAGUUGAUACAAUUAGUAAAGUUUAGCUGACGAAUAUUUUAGUCUUAUGAUUUUCUCGACUAGGUUAUUAGGGUGACCCAAAAAAACCGACUUUUUUUGUUUUCGUUUUCAUGUGAAAAUUUGAUGAUUUAACAUAUUUUCGAAACCCUCUCUGGAAAUCAGCUCGAUGAAAAAUUUUUAAAAGGUCACUCACAAAUUUUGAAAAUUCCAAAAAUAAUUAAAAUUUGGAUUUUUUUUUUUUGUAAUUUUUUCUUUCUCGUGGCAGGAAUAGUUUAUAUCUGUAAAAUAAUGAAUAUGCUGAAAACUUUAAUAAUUAAACGGCGCUCAAAAAUUUUGAAUGUUUUCGAGUGCUGUCUUUUGGACGUUUUCGAGCGACCCUUGAAUAUUAAUAUUAAAGCAUCUCAAGUUUUAACCAUCAAUGAAUAUCAUAACCAAUUAAAAAUAGAACCCAAGAUAUAGAAAAAAUUAGUUAUUUACAUAUUUUUUGUUUUUUUAAUCAAUUUUUAGGUUUUUUUUGUUAUUCAAAUCUUACCCAAUUUUAUUGUUUAAGACUGUCCAGUAUAUUUUCAGUUAUGCAAAAGUUAUAUUUUAAUGAAAUGACGAUAAUAAUAAAAUCAUAAAAAAAUACAACCAUUAAUUCCAAGUAUUAGUUGCCUAUUAUGAGUUAAUAUUCAAAGCAAAAAUUUUCAGCAUGGCAUUGAUUUUACAGAUCGAAAAUAUUUCUGCCACGAAAAAGAAAAAAUUUAAAAAAAAAAUCUGAAUUUUAAUCAUUUUUAGAAUUUCCAAAUUUAUCGAGCGACCCCCUAAAAAUUGUUCACCGAGCUGAGUUUUGGAGAGGGUUCUUAAAACUUGUGAAACUAAAAAAAUUUUCAUAUGAGACUCGAAAACAAAAAAAAAGUCGGUUUUUUUGGGGUCACCCUACUAGUUAUAUUUUGGCACAUUAUUUAUGUUUAUGUCAAUAUAUUACAAAUGUAAUAGAAAAAUUAUUAAAUCUUAAUUAUAUUAGAUAAUAUAUGUCUUGAAUUAUAGAUGUACAAAGUCGAUUUAGAGACAAAGCUAAGUGAGCCAGGAGUUUCCUAAUCAUAACUUAUCCCAAGAAUGUACUAUUUGAUUGGCGACCAGCCAACUAAAUCGGCGCCAUGCAACCACCUACGUCAUCAAGACGCCAAAAAUUUUUGUUUUUGAACCUGAGUUAUUAAUUUCAUGUAAUUUUUGAGCAUCAAUUCAUUAUUAUAUCUUACUUAAUAUUAUUAUGUGAAACAAUUUAAACAGUAAAAAAUUAUCUAUAUUUUGAUUUUUAAUUAAUAUACGAAUUUA